AUGAAGCAUAGAAAAAGAAAUCGAAAAAGAAAUAAUGAAGAGGAUACAGAUGUUCUUAGUAAUAAAUUUCCUCUAGGUUUAUUACAAACUAUCCUUUUUGUUAUAAUCGACUGGGAUCAAUUUUGGAACGAAGAUCUCUCCACCUAUAGUCCAAGAUGGACUAAGAGAAACGGAGAUAUUAAACGUUACUCGAACCCCUACAUCCUCAUGAAGGCCAUCUUCAUCAGUAGGUUCAAGAGUAACUACGAUAUCAAAAAGUUACAUAAAGUUUUAGAAAACCUGGAAUCUUGGACUGAACUAACAAUUUCACAUGAGGAUCUCCGAUCGAUCGCCAAAGGGCGUACGUUAGGCAACGAUCAACUAAAUUCUGAUUGUUUAGAUCGAGAAGAAACAUUUCUAAAACUGACCCGAGAAAAUCUAAAAUGUUUAGAUGUCAAAAUCGAUGGAACAGAUUUCUCGGUUGUCAGUGGCCGCGCUUGGGCAAUUGCCAGUCGAUUCCAGCGUGGAAAAUUCAUAGACUUAUUUGAUCGCCUGAAAAAAACUUAUAUGGAAAAGUUCCCAGAUAAAAAAUAUCAUACCCAUCAAUCACGAUGGGUUAAUAGAGUAGCGUCAGAUUAUGAUGCUCGUGUCGUCGCCUCUAGUGUUCCGCUCCCUGUCCCCUCUCCCGUCACCCCUAUAUGCCCGUCAAUGGAUAUAUCCGAAGAGAUCCUCUUUCGAGGCGAUCUAGGGGAUGGUAAUAAUCUAAUUUUACCAGAAAAUGAUAACGAAAGUAUGUCAAAUAUGGGGCUCAUAUCAUCACAAGGGUACGGCCCUGUUUGGCAUACUCAAGUAUCCGAGCUCCCAAAAUUUAAUGAACACUUCGUUGAGGAGGAAUAUUAUCUUUUUCCUCCGUAUAUUAAUGAAUCUACGUAUUUUAUGUAA